AUGAGUGGGGUUCUAGGUUCGCAGCUGUUGGACGAUUCUUUUACAUUAGAGAAAAAGGAAGAUGCAGUUAAAGAUAAGAAAAAAGAAAAUUUUUUCAAAGUUGAAACAUCCCCAAAGCAACUGCAAAUGCCCGUCAAAUUCCAAAUGUUGCGAGCUAAUACAAACCUCAACGAAGCCCCUUCUAAUUGGAUGCACGACAGUUCUCAAUGGGAGAAUUAUAUGCAACAAGCUUCUUUUCCCACCGACGACCUAUUUUCAAGACAUGGAAAAUGUCUGCUCACUAUGCACAGAUGUAGCAGGAAUUGUCAGAUACUUAUGAGCUACUUUAGCUACUAUUGGGAAGCAGGAUGCAUUAUUGGUCCCACCACUUAUACACAGAUUGUUUUUUUACCAAUUGGAACAUGGCAGCAACUUUCAAGAAUAGAUAUAAUUUCAAUAACUGUUAAUGAUGAGGUCAUCCCAUUUUGUCAGACAGCAGCUAAUCUGGGCUUCAUGAUUGAUUUAGGUAAGCACCCACAAGCAACAAAUCAACCAGGGCUGUCAACAGGAGCAGUUCAGGAAACUUUUAACAGUGAGCGAACCUUGGUGUGGAACUUUGAAGACAUUCGUAUGCUCAUUGGAACAGACUUGCCUAUCUUUGGAGGAGGCACUCAUCCAUGUGUCUCAUUGAAACUCAGGGACAUGAAAAAGCCAAUUACAGUUUUGACGGGUCUUGACUACUGGCUCGACAAUUUAAUGUGCAAUGUUCCUGAAUUGGCAAUGUGUUAUCAUGAUGAUGGCAUUGUGCAAUCUUAUGAACUACUGAAGACAGAAGAUAUUCCAAAUUUUCCAGAGGGAAAAUUUUCUCCUAAUGUCAUUAAAGACGUUGCCCAGAAUAUCCUAUCUUUUCUUAAAAGUAAUGCCACUAAAGAGGGACACACUUACUGGUUGUUCAAAGGUUUAUACUAUCUGUAUUUUGUCUAUGUUUAUAAGAGGGUGCGAAGAAUCUCCGGAGACCCAGUCUAUGGGGUUGUGGUGCAAGGCCCUGUGGAUGGUCUGGCUACUGGCACCCCACUCUAUAGUGUGGCGGUGCAAGGCACUAUAGAUGGAAGGACUACUUGUAGACCAAGGGGUUGGAGGUUUGGUACCGGAAAUGUAGGCAGAAGUUUGGAAGUGGUGGAGGAGCUGCAGAGGAGAAUGGUUGACGUGGCUGCAUUACAGGAGAUCAGAUGGAAGGGUGAGGGUACAAGGUUUGUGGGGGCUAAAGGUGGAAGAUAUAAGUUGUGGUGGAAGGGGGAUGAUGGUACGGGAGGAGUUGGUGUGAUGGUAAGAGAAGAGUUGGUGGAGAAGGUGUUGGAAGUGAGGCGGAGAAGCAAUGGUGUAAUUGUGGUGGUGAUGGUGUUUGGAAAAGUAAUAGUGAGGGUGAUAUCAGGAUAUGCUCCGCAACAAAGUAGGAAGGAAGAGGAGAAGGAUGGGUUUUAUGAUGAUGUUUCUGACGAGAUUGGGCAAGCGGGGUUGGAUGAGUUUGUGGUGUUGUUGGGUGAUUUGAAUGGUCGUGUGGGGCGGAUGCAGACGGAUAUGAAGGUGUACAUGGGGGAUGGGGAUAUGGUAUACGGAAUGAGGAAGGGCGUAGAGUGUUGGAGUUGGCGGAUGCACAUAACAUGGUGGUGGGGAAUACCUGGUUUACAAGGGAACCAGCGCGAUUGA